AUGGAAAAUUCAAGUACGUCCAUGGGAAAGAAUGAAAAUCAAAAGAUUAAACCAAGGUUACCCAACGAUUGUAUAGCAGAAAUAUUACCAUAUCUUAAGGAUAACGUUCGAACGCUUUAUUCAUGCGCACGGGUCAGCAGAUCAUGGUGCCAAUUAACCAUACCGUUAUUGUGGUCCAAACCCUUCGACUCUAAUACGAUCACACCAAAUACAAAAAUAAUAUCACUCAUUCGAACGCUCGGGUUUUGCCUUGAUAAUCCAACGAAAAAAUUUCUAAUACGACAACAUGGUUUUAAUCCGGAUGGAUUUAAAAUCACCAAACCAUUUUUUGAUUACCCAUCAUAUAUACGAGACUUUAAUUAUUCCAUAUUUUUAAGUUCGAUUAGAAUUUGGUUGAGAAAAGUAUUAAAAAGGAAACCAGAAUUGGAAUUAACAACCUUACUAUUCAAAUUGAUUGGGAAUUUGAUAUGUUCACAGAAUAAUAACCGAAUGGAAUUGUACGAUAUCACACUAUUAGAGAAUUUUAAUUGUGCGAUAAAUAAUAUCGAAACGUUUACUUAUUGUUACGUGGGCCUUUACAUGGGAAGGAAGGAAAGGAUCCUUUUUGAAGUGAUGAAGAGAAUUUUCGAAAAGUUGACCGAAAAUUGUAAAAAUAUUAAAAGGUUAACGAUAUACGCGGUACCAGAAAAUUUUAUGGAUGUGAUAUAUUUACCGGUCGUAUGUAAAGCAACGGCGAAUUUGAUCAAGGAACAAAAAAAUAUUUCAUCAAUCACAUUUAAUCAAGAGUGGGUGGACUCACCAAACAAUCUAUUUUAUUCAUCAUUACUAAGCGAGAAGGUGAUAACAUCAUUGAGAUCAUUAAAAUUAUGUCACAUAAGUGAUUUUGAUGGUUUAUUAAAAGUACUCUGCGGUUGUAACAACCUGGAAACCCUGGAAUUCACGGAUAAGUUUUACGUUUCGGAUGAAGAUCAUGCGAUACAACGUAUGAUGGAAUUCCCACCCAUUCACAUUAAACAUUUACAUUUUUAUAGUUUUGAAUAUGAUGAAUAUGCUGGUAUAGAAACCUUUAUUUCAUCGAUUGAAGUAUUAUUUCGAUUAUCCAAUAAUAAUUUACGAUCAUUAACAAUCGGUGAUGUGGAUUCCAACAUUAUUAAAUUGAUCGGUACUUAUUGUACAAAUUUAAAUUAUCUAUCAAUUGAACUAUUACCUGAAUUAUUUCCCGCCUUGAAUCAAAUUUUACUCUCGUUAAAUAACCUUGAACAUUUAAUAUUGGUCGAAGGAAAAUAUAGUAUUUACCCUAGAAAUAAUAAUGGUAGAAGACUUUUUCCCGAUUUGAAUUUCAGGUAUCCCGUUAAAACCUUUGCAAAGUCAUUACCCACCUCUUUAAAACAUCUUGGUCUUGAUAUUAAUAUUAACAAUGAGGUAUUAGAUCACUUUUUAAGUGCUUUAAAGUGUCCCCUUCACACUUUGGAUAUUUAUGAUGGCAUGAAAGUUGAAUAUUUGGAAAUUAUCAUCAAAUAUGUUGAAAAUAAUAAUAGGAAUUUAAAGCAAGUUGGGUUUCGUUCCGUUAAUGUCUCUUUAGGUAAUGAGGAGUCUUUUAAUAAAUUUGGCAGGGUUAUGGCUAGAAUUUUUGGUCUGAUUCAAAAGGUUUACAUGGUUAAGAAACAUUUGCAUGAUGGUUUUAGUGAUUUCGCACCUACCAAUAUAAAAGAACCCGAGAUAAUACCAAUUUUUAUUGAUAAACUGCUUAUCUUUGUGUCACAAUCACCUGACGAACAAAGCGUCAAUCAACUACUAUUUCGACAAAUCGUUUAUAAUGAACAAAAAGCAAGCGAGAUAUUAGAUUUGUUAGUGGCAUCAGAUGAAUUAUUACUGGAUGAAUUAAUUGAGUAUUUUCAAGAAUAUCUUAUAGAAAAACAUGAUAAUUGGUUAAAAAAUAAUGCGACUAAAGUUCUUCAUACAUGUUAUCAUCAUGAAUCAUGUGAAAAAUUAUACAAGACAUGUAUGAAUAUGGUUUGUCUCAAUCCACAAAGAAUAUUUGAAUCAGAAAAUUUCCAUUUAAUUGAACAACAUGUUUUAUCCUCAAUCCUUAAAAGAGAUGACUUAUCCUUAAAUGAAUUUGAGAUCUGGAAUCAUAUCAUAAAUUGGGGAAUUUACAAUAAUGAUGACUUUGGAGAAAGUGAGAAUGUUCAUGAAUGGUCAGAUAAAGAGUUUAAAUUAUUAGGAGAAACUUUAAAAGAAUUGAUCCCCUUGAUUAGAUUCUCUAAUAUGAAAUAUAAAGAGUUUCAUGAUUAUGUCAUACCAUAUAAAAAGAUCCUAUCAAGUUCCUUUUUAAUAGAUUUGGAAAAAAAGUUUGAUUCUUUGAUAACAAAUCAGACUUUAAAUGGACCAACUAGAAUUGUGCUAUCAAGAAAGAUAGAUUCAAGAAUAAUUAGAUAUGAUAAUGCUAGGGUUAAAACUGACAUGUUUUAUGCUAUACCUCAACAUAAAUUUUGUGGUCCGGAAUUCGGUAUGAUUGAUUUUUCUAUUGUGAAUUGUUGUAAUGAAUAUAAAAAUAAUUCUUGUAAUCCUAGUAGUAAAUAUGAGAAUACUUUUACUAUUGGUGAUUUUUGUGUAGAGGAUUAUGAAGUUUUUCAAAUUUUAAACAAAUGA